GUGAGAAGCAACUAGGACUCUAUCGGUGGUCCGAGGAAAAAGUUGACUUUUGAUGAGAGAAAGUUCGGUUGGAGAAGGAAAUGAACGAAACAAAGCAUCGGGAACGCGAGAGACACGACUGAGGGAGGUAACGAGUGAAUCGUAAAACCGGUCUAAGUAUUUCCUUGUAUUUUGUGUUUCAGGGCUUCCUCGUGUAACAAUUGGGUUCUAUUCGGGGAUUCAGUUUGGUAUGAGAGAAUCCGCGGUAUUUAGUUCCACAUAGCCCCCUGCCCCCUAGAGUCGAAAUGAAAAGUUGUGAAGACAAGGCAUUUUUAGCGUGAGACCAUAGUAUGCCUCGGAUUAAGCGCCUGAGAGCUCGAACAAAGAUACUUAUAUUAAUUGGAUAAUUUCCUUCAAUAGCUAUAGCACCCCUUCUUCUGUCGAGUGUCUUUCUCGUUGUCUUCCGGUUGUUGCUUGAAAAUUGAAUCGAAGACUUUCGACCAAGUUGUCGCUUCGUCACCUCAAAACAGUGCUGGUGGUAUUCGAUACAUCAUCGUGUAUUUUUACGCGGCGUAUUGAUUGAUUAUGUUUAUAUUGAGUUGAGUACCCACAUUCUGUUUAUGAUUAUGACUGCUGCCGAGUAUGACAAGAAAAAAGAAAUUGAAUUCGUCUGCAUGUGUGUCAGCAAUAGACCAAAAUUAUAGGACGAUAAGAAAUUCGGGUGGGUUGUUCGUGCACGCUCAUAACUGAUUUGGAACUUGCAUCCAUCCGAGAUUUAUUGACACAUUACAACCAGUCUCCUUCUUUGAUCGAAGAAGAAAAAAGUGCACUACAGAAUUGAGAAAGAAACAUGGACCACGCGAAGUCUAGCAACUCGGGUCUGCCCGAAGUUAGACGUUCUGGCAAACCGUCGACGGGCAUUUCGCCAGAGUUUUCGACACUAAAUCCAAUUCUCGUUGACGCGCGCAGCCCCAGCGAUGCCCUGGCUGCUCCCCAGAAACCGGAGGGGCCGGCGGGAUCCCGAGGGAGAUCUCGGGAGAACUAUGAUAAAAUAAUGCGGACUGCGGGGGGCAAAAUCCGGCUGGCGUCUCUUAAUGAGCGAGCACAUUCGUCGGGCCUGGAAAUUAAAGGAUAUUCCAAAAUUAUGUGCACAGUCCGAGAAUACACCUCUUUCGUGUAGUUUCGACUUAUUUCAGGGAGCAGAAGCGUUUUGAUUGAAAUUAAAAGCAAGAGCAUCAUAAAUUAUAUAUUCACGCUCUUCAUGAGUAUAAUAUGUAUGAAAAUGUUAUAAAAAGUAUAGCGAUUCUUGAUUGUUAAAGAUAUAUUGUUUCAAUAUUUAUUCUAACGACAUUGGCGGCUCCGAGACGAAUUACGCAAACGAUGGUCAUGCGAAUAGUAUGUUCAUGGUGUUUGGUUUGAUGACCUCUUGGGGAAACGCAUUCGGGUUCGUGGUUUUGACUAUCUUCGUCUCCGUCGUGUUGUAUUUUGCAGUCAAGAGAUUUCUCUCCCGCAAUCGUGGACACCAAGACUGGCCCGGCAUGGAUCAAAAGUAUUUAUAAUUGUUACAUACAACUCUAAUAUAUAAACUCAAUGGAGAAUCAUCAAUGAAGAUGUCUACGAAAAUUAGUAAAUCAUUCAACAACUUGCUAUUGCUUCAGGGAAAGCAUCAUUAAGAUGGCCUCAACAUGACUCUCGAAGACCUGCUUUUUAUCUUCAAUAUAUUGAAGUUGUAUCAGAAUCUGCUUGAAAAACUACUGAAGUCUCAAUACGUGAUGCAAUGUACCAUGCAGAUUGCAAAGUAGCAGCGAGCAGUACGAGUCUGAAUUCUGAAUAUAAAUGUUGUUCUUGAUCUCAAUCUCUAAUAUUGUAUUAUCAGAUCCAUCGGAAAAGGCGACGCGCUGACGAACAAAACGGGACACUUCGGAUACUAUGAUGAGGAUAUGAGCAACAACAAGAAAAACGCUGAUUGGGCCUCAGUUGCGAAAGGUCUCGAGUCGGAAAAUAGCGAGGAUUUGUCGGUCGCCACCACGUGUGCCUCCGAGCAUGGCAACUUGGUGGGGCGGGAGGAGGUCGUGUAGGUAGUUACAUACAAGUCUGAUUCUAUGAAAGUCUGACUACAAAUACAUUGAAUCAAUUUAUUUUUCUCUUGUUGCUCGUGAUGAGACGUCGCAACUUCUACAACGCGACGAGAUGAGAUUUCGCUUCAUAUGUACAAAUGAGAUUCUCACUUUUUGUUUUUAAUUCAAUGUACAAAUAAAAAUUGAAUAAUGGAUUCCGUUUCUCUGCGUUUCCAAGUUUUAUCCGAGGACUUGGGUUUAUGGCUCUUAACCACAUUGAUUCGAUCAGGUUUUUUGUACAACAGUAAAACACUACUGGCUGCACUAGAGAAAAGCGACCUAGUGUAGUUGUGCCCUAGAAGUAACGUUUUUCCAUUUCUCAUGAUCUUCGUUGAAAAUGAUGGCUACAAAGCUCAGCAAAAUGGCAGGAGAUUUAUUCCGCCAUGAAGUUUGCAAGAAAUUCAAAUUGCGUCAAUGAUGUAAUAUAUCAAAAAAAACCUAACCAGGUAAAACCCGAUACGCCUUGGAAGAGGUUUAUUCAAUCUCCAUCGGAGAAAAGAAAUCUGAAUGUUCGGGAGGAACAAACUGAGGAGGAGUUAAGUAGUGUUUCUUAGGAGUAGUGUGAAGAGUAGAAACUUAUGAUAUACAACAGGAGAUGAAAGUAGGAUUAGCAGUUCUAGCAGUACUAUUACUUAGUUUUCGGCUGUAAUGUACAACUACCAGAUCAUGACGUGCAAGACACACAGGAGAAGUGACCCAAAUGUUAUAACUACAGGAGUUUAAUAGAAUUGCGUCUAGUCGUGAAUGUCUGCCAUUGCACGACGCAAUCAUGUUUAUGGCUAUGGAAUACUAUUGCAACAUUGAUAUAGAAGUAAUGCUCUCAUUGCGAUGCGUCGCUCGUAGAUCUCAAUCUUUUUCAAACUAACCACAUGAAUGCAUCUAUCAUAACUACAACAAUCUUGGGUUUUUAUAUCAACAUAUCCACAACGCGAAUACACUGAUAGGACGAUCAAAUAGGUUCAGCAUAAUAUUGGUACUCGAAAAAAGUAUGUUAUACAUAAUCACAAUGACAAGGGAUGCGCGCUAGGAAAGAACGAAAGGAGGAAGCCACUUCGAAGAAAAGAGCGCCACCCCCGUCGCUACACAAAAUGUCUGACGACUAGUACGCGAUCCAUAUUUAUUGCAUAUAAUACAUAUUUAUAGUUGUACAACAAGUAUAAUUUCACCGAAUGUAGUAUCCAUGGUAGACGAUAUUCAUUGAUGGACCACUUCGUAUCAUGCUACUCGAAAAUAAGCAAUCAAAAAGAAUACCACGCAAGCUAUUCGUACCACAACGAGUCAAUCACGGCAUAGUCAGCGGCAACGAUGAAGCAUUGCCUUGGUGUUACACUAGCAAGAACGCGCACGAGAAGAAGUGAGGCUUUCGGCUAUAUUCUACCAGUGAGGCGUUUGUAGGUCGCCGCUAGGACUCACUAUCUACUACCUAGAAGCAGUUUUUUGCAGCUUGCCAAGUAAUGUUUGAAAUCAGCACCCAUCGUAUGCCCUUUACCUUUAGAAAAUUGCUGGGCUAAGGACUGCAUUAUAGUUGGAUGACUCUCUGAGAGGAAAGCUAUCACUUGGAUAGAGUGAAGUGACUGAUGACGAAUAGCAACAGUGGGCCUGUAACUUUGUUUAUAUUGAUACAUGAUCUACUAGGUUCCCACGAUGAUAUAAUCGCUCCUUAUUAUUUGUUAAUAUUAUUCGAAUGGUGUGUGCAUACUGACAUAGUUAAAAGUUCUGCAUAGUUGGAAAUUCUGAAAGAAUAUGCAGAAGAGAGUAAGAAGUCUGACCUGCACUUCCGAUGUGCUCAUCGAUGUGCCCAUGUUGAUAGGUAAGAGGUGGCUGGUGGUGGUGAGAUUUAUCUUAACCAAAGCUAGCAACGCUCAGUCAGCGCCCGAGUUACUGCGCGUUUGAGCUCUAUUUUCUAUUUAUAAUGCAUGCAUUAUUCGACUUGGUGGUGAUAAUGAUGACAGAUGUCCCAGCAUAGUAGAUACGCCAUUGACAGAGAGGGCGCAUGAACACUGCUGAGAAAAGAAGGAGAACAAUAUAAAAGCAUCAACAAUUUCAAACAUUUCUGAAAUAGUGGACAUAGAUGCAAGGCGGAAAACAAUUGAAGUCAACCA